AGUGAAAGAUUUUUUCCCUGACGAGAAUUUAGCUUUCAUUUGAAAUUAAAACUUUGGGUUUCUUAAUGCUUGCUCUGUUUCAUUGAUCAAACAUUUUCUUUGAGUUUUGAGACUUGAAUAUAUAGCCCAAGGAAAGCGAUUGUUUGUUUUCAUUUCUGGGUUUUAAGGGAGAUUCUCCUGACAACUCUUAUUGAUUUUUUCUUUUAAUAUCAAGAUUGAAGAAUCAGAAAAUUAUAAUCUUGAGUUGUUCCUUGUUGGGAAUCAGCUGAAAAUCUAAUUAAUUGUUGAUAGCCGAGUUGACAUUUCUAGGAAUUUGAUUGUUGCUUUCUUGGUGGAGAUAUGACGCUAAAUACUUUACCAGGGAGUUCCGGGUAUCUGGAUUUGUUUCCACAGAGAAGAAUGUCAUACUUCGGUAAUCUAUAUGUUCUUAGACUUACUGUGAUUGCUGGAAUUGGCGGCUUCCUCUUUGGCUACGACACUGGUGUGAUCUCAGGGGCCCUUCUUUACAUAAAAGAUGACUUCGAGGUUGUCAAUCAGAGUAGUUUCCUGCAGGAAACUAUUGUCAGCAUGGCCUUGGUAGGUGCAAUCAUUGGAGCUGCAUCUGGAGGUUGGAUUAAUGAUGCUUAUGGACGUAAGAAGGCUACACUUCUUGCGGAUGUUGUCUUUACAGCCGGAGCAGUUGUCAUGGCCGCUGCACCCAAUCCGUAUGUGCUGAUAUUGGGGCGAUUUUUUGUUGGCCUAGGUGUGGGUAUAGCAUCGGUGACCGCUCCAGUAUACAUUGCCGAAACAUCACCCUCAGAAAUAAGGGGUGGGUUAGUUAGCACAAAUGUGCUCAUGAUAACUGGUGGACAAUUUCUUUCCUACCUUGUAAAUCUUGCUUUUACAGAGGUUGAAGGAACUUGGAGAUGGAUGCUUGGAGUUUCAGCCAUACCUGCUGUCAUUCAGUUCUUCCUUAUGCUUUGUAUGCCGGAGUCUCCACGAUGGCUAUUCAUGAAGAAUGAGAAAGAUAAAGCCAUAGCGGUGCUUUCUAAUAUUUACGAAAUUGCUCGAUUAGAGGAUGAAGUGGAUCACCUUUCUGCCGCAGAAGAAGAAGAACGUCAGAGAAAGAAAACCGUCAGAUAUUUGGAUGUUUUCAGAACAAAAGAAAUUAGACUUGCCUUUCUGGCUGGGGCGGGACUUCAGGCUUUGCAGCAGUUCACUGGUAUCAAUACCGUGAUGUACUAUAGUCCAACAAUUGUCCAGAUGGCUGGCUUCAAUUCUAAUAAGCUUGCUCUUCUGCUGUCGCUUAUUGUCGCUGCCAUGAAUGCAGCAGGAACUGUUGUGGGCAUUUACCUUAUCGAUCAUUUCGGAAGGAAAAAUCUGGCGCUUUCGAGCUUAUCCGGUGUCAUUGUGUCCCUUGUCAUCCUUUCCGGGGCUUUCUUUGCCAAAACAACUGGUUCUUCUAAUGGAAUUUAUGGAUGGCUGGCAGUCAUUGGAUUAGCUCUUUACAUUGCAUUCUUCGCACCUGGAAUGGGCCCCGUUCCGUGGACCCUGAACUCGGAGAUAUACCCUGAGCAAUACCGAGGGAUAUGCGGGGGCAUGUCGGCCACAGUGAAUUGGAUUUCAAAUUUGAUUGUGGCCCAGACUUUUCUUACAAUCGCUGAAGCCGAAGGAACUGGAGUUACUUUCUUGAUCCUCGCUGGCAUAGCUUUGCUUGCAGUCGUUUUUGUGACUGUAUAUGUUCCGGAGACCAAGGGAUUGACGUUCGUCGAAGUGGAACAAAUUUGGAAAGAAAGGGCUCGUGGAAGCGGUUAUAACACGCAGAGCCUUCUUGAACAAGGAAACGAACCCUAAAUCAACCUGGUUUGCAUUUCCACGAAGUUGGUAUCUUGUCCAGACGGCAUUUGAAGUUGUGUGUUUCAUCUUUCUACACAUAAAUGUUGAAAGGUAGGCAUCUUAAAACAUUUAGAUUGUUUACUGCAUUUUGUCUUGUAUAGAAGUUGUAUCAUUGCCGAAGUCCUGAACUUGAGGCAUGGCCCUUAUGUUUUCAAGUUUUGUUGGAAGUAAAAAUGGCAGCUUUAGAGUCA